UGAAUGGUAUGAAGGCAUUUUUUUGCCAACAAUAGUGAUGUAUAGUAUAGUAUGUAUCUUAUCAAUUGUGACUAAGAGUGACUUUGCAGUUUUGCCUAACUGGCCGUGAUUUGCAGUUAUUUUCGGUGAUCUAUAACCAUUCAGCCGACUACCAGCCGUAGCCUCGUUACGUUCGACGAAUAGCAGAAAAAGAAUUUUGUUGACUGAACUCAUACCUACGAUGCAGGUUUAUAUCAAUGAGCAUAAGUGAAGUGAGAUGUGUACAUUCGAAACCUACAUACUCUGACAGGUAGCAGCAGUUUGGGCACGGACAGUAUGUGUUGUGCUUCGACCGUCUCGAGCAGUAAAAACAGUGACAUUGCUUUGCUCCUAAUGUCAGCUGCGGUGAUUUCGUGCGUGUGGCGUUAUCCUGUAUUUGGUGCUCCCUGCUGCAUUUUCUAAUAGCUAGACCUAGAGUUAAUUAGUGGUUGUCUAGUUCAGCUAAUUACAGCUCAAGUUACGUAAACAAUGAACGCUGCACUAGCGAUCGUAAUGGUCUUCGUGGGAUGCUGCAGCAAUGUGGUGUUCCUGGAGCUAUUGGUCAAGAUCGACCCCGGAUCGGGCAAUCUGAUAACCUUCCUGCAGUUCCUGUUCAUCUCGCUCGAAGGUUUCCUGUUCACGUCAAAAUGCGGUACGGUGAAGCCACGGAUAGGUCUGAAAGACUACACCAUUCUGGUGAUAAUGUUCUUCGUGUCCAGCGUGUGCAAUAACUAUGCGUUCGAUUUCAACAUCCCGAUGCCACUGCAUAUGAUCUUUCGGGCAGGAUCACUGAUAGCCAAUAUGAUUAUGGGAAUUAUCAUACUCCGGAAGCGCUACGUAUUGUCCAAGUAUCUGUCCGUCGGGAUGAUUACGAUGGGAAUCGUUAUUUGUACGAUUGUAUCCGGCUCGGAUGUCAAAAGCACUCAGGUUACUGAGACGGCUGAAGAAGAUCCAAUGACGGUAUUUUUCUGGUGGACACUUGGAAUUUCUCUGCUUACCCUGGCGUUGUUCGUGUCAGCUAGGAUGGGACUGUACCAGGAGGUGCUUUACAAACGCUACGGAAAACACCCAAAGGAAGCCUUAUUCUACACGCAUCUGCUACCGCUACCUUUUUUCCUACUACUUACUGGUAAUAUCUGGGAACAUAUCAAGCUGGCCAAUGCUAGCCCGCUUUACGACGUACCGGUGCUCAAUAUCGCAAUCCCAAUCACCUGGUUGUACCUGCUGGGUAAUGUUCUGACACAGUAUGUGUGUAUCAGUUCGGUGUACGUGCUGACGACGGAAUGCUCCUCGCUGACAGUGACCCUCGUAGUCACGCUGAGAAAGUUUGUCUCGUUGCUGUUCUCGAUUGUCUAUUUCAGCAAUCCCUUCACUAUCUACCACUGGAUUGGAACGAUUCUAGUAUUCACCGGUACGAUUAUUUUCACCGAAGUGAUCGAUAAGGUUCGGUUAGCAAUGGGCACCCAACCGGCACCGGUUUCGGAAAAGAAGACAAAAUAAACCUCCGAAUGGUUUGUGGAAAGUUACUAAUUAAUUUACUAUUUAUUAAAAUGCAGGUCGUUGCUGGUUUGCUCAAAAGUUGCAAUGGUUAUUAAUUCAGGAGUUAAGAACGAAUAGAUUUUUAAAUUGUAAUGAGGCUCAAAGGAUAGUUUUUCACAGAUUUUUUUACUCGUAUUUUCUGUUUAGGCGCCAGCCUUUUGAAAUUAGCUUAGAUAUCGAAUUAAAAUUUUAAAUCUUUGACAAUGUUAAUAGUAAUUUGAAAGGCUAAAUGCAAGCUUUUUUGAAUUCGAUAAACGUUUUCAAUAAAAACAACUUUUGUACAAAAUGUGCAAUCU